GGCGGAGGGGAACUAGGCGAAGCAGCGACGGCGAAGCAACGGAAUUAUUACAGUGCGCCACCGCCAUUUUGGUGUACAAAAGUGGGGAUAUAGUAAGCACAGGAGACAAGAUUUUAUUGUAGUGGCCUAAUAUUAGUAAAUUUAAUAAAACAGUGGUGAAUAUUUUGGAUUUAAAAUCGUUCUAGUGCUGUAUGAAUAUAAAAAAGUGGCCGUGUGUGUGUGUUUUUGGAAUAAGAAAGCUUGCCAGACUUGGAUCAUAGCAGCGUGGCUGCUACCGCUUCUCCUUUGUUUCUGUCACCGUUUAGUUAUAAGGUCGUCUUCAUGAGUGGCAAUGGAGCUGACUGGGAGUCGCGCAGCGUAACCUAAUUAAAAAUAGUCGGUCCGGUAGCACCGUCGUCGUCUUUGGGAAAAAGGACGAGGAGAUCCACCGGCCCGAGGAUUAGCAACAACAACAGACUGGUUGGUGUUGGUGGUGUACAAAUAAAAUAGAGAGGUUGUUGAGUGAGGUUGAGUGUGGUGCACGUGUGCAUGUGCAAGUGUUUGUUUAACAACAAGAGGAGAAAGAAGGAGAAAAUUAAAUAGACGAUAGGUACCUAUAGGACGACGGUAAUAGGGAGUAGGUAGUUGUUAGUGCUUUGUUGCGUCUAAAUGGACAAGCGUAAAAUGAUGACGAAAAGGCCUAGGUUUGAAACGCGUGGACCGAUCUCGAACGGACCGAUGCAGUCGCGGCCGCUGGUCGCGCUGCUCGACGGGCGCGAUUGCAGCAUCGAGAUGCCCAUCCUCAAGGACGUCGCGACGGUGGCGUUCUGCGACGCGCAGAGCACCAGCGAGAUACACGAGAAGGUGCUGAACGAGGCGGUGGGCGCGCUCAUGUGGCACACCAUCAUCCUGACGAAGGAGGACUUGGAGAAGUUCAAGACGCUCCGGAUCAUCGUGCGCAUCGGCAGCGGCGUCGACAACAUCGACGUCAAGGCGGCCGGCGAGCUAGGCAUCGCGGUCUGCAACGUGCCUGGCUACGGCGUCGAAGAGGUGGCCGACACCACCUUGUGCCUCAUACUCAAUCUCUACAGGCGGACGUACUGGCUAGCCAACAUGGUCAGGGAGGGCAAAAAAUUCACAGGACCCGAACAGGUGCGAGAAGCGGCGCAAGGGUGCGCCAGGAUACGCGGGGACACGUUGGGCAUCGUCGGCUUGGGUCGCAUCGGCUCGGCGGUGGCGCUGCGAGCGAAAGCGUUCGGCUUCAACGUGAUAUUCUACGACCCGUAUCUGCCGGACGGCAUCGAAAAAUCGCUCGGACUGAACCGCGUCUACACGCUGCAGGACCUGCUCUUCCAGUCGGACUGCGUGUCGCUCCACUGCACGCUCAACGAGCACAACCACCAUCUGAUCAACGAGUUCACUAUCAAACAGAUGAGGCCCGGCGCCUUUCUGGUCAACACAGCUCGAGGCGGCUUAGUGGACGACGACGCAUUGGCGCAAGCGCUGAAACAAGGGCGCAUCAGGGCCUCGGCACUGGACGUGCACGAAAACGAGCCGUUUAACGUGUUCACCGGCCCGCUGAAGGACGCGCCGAAUCUGCUGUGCACCCCUCACGCAGCUUUCUACAGCGACGCAUCGGCGACGGAGCUGCGCGAGAUGGCCGCAAGCGAGAUACGACGCGCCAUCAUGGGCCGGAUACCCGAGUGCCUGAGGAACUGCGUUAACAAGGAAUACUUCAUGGGUCCGGGCUCGUAUCCCGAAGGUACAGUGUCGCCAGCAGGAGUGAACGGCGGCUACUAUCAGGGGGGAGGCGGCGGCGCGCUGCCCGUCCAGCAGGCGCACUCGACGACCCCGCACGAGGCGCCGCACACGGUGACGCCCAGCGCCGUGGCGCCGCCCACCUCGCAGCCUGCGCCGCCCGUGGGGCCGCCUUCAGUACCGGCUCAUGCUCUACCGAUAAGUACCCCAGACCCUGCAAAUCAUCACGCAUCAAAGCCGGAACCGUCGGAGGUGCACUAACGCCGGCCACUCUGCAAUUACAGUUUUAAAAUUUGUCUGAAAUUUAAAGAAAGCAAAAUAAUUAACAAAUCCAUUUAUGUUUACUCUCUUGGGCUGAAAACUGCUAUGAAUGUGUGUGAAUAAAUCUUCUAUAUGGUGAUGAUGCGUAAGAUGUCCGAAUUGGUCACUUUGAAACAUGCAACAAGUUUUUACAUUAUUUUCGUUCAAAUGUUUUUAAGGUAUACAUAUCGUAAAAAAAUGGAAUAGUUACAUCACAAACAACCCAACAAAUAAUCAACAUAAUAAUAGGCCAGUGGCCGAAAAACUACAAAUUAAUUUUCUAUCGGGAUAAAUUGAUUUGAUUUACUUUAGUGUCAAUUAAGGCAGUUUUAGUUCCCUGAAGUCUUACUAAGCCCUGCUUUUUAUUAUUUUGUUGUGAAUCUACUUAUUAUAUCUGAGCGCUGCCUUAAUUACUCAUUAAUAUGGCUUAAAUUGAUUUUCUUAUAAUUUUAAUUAAUACAAUAGGUAACUGACCUAUCAAGCAAUUACUUAUGCAAUUCAGUAAGCUCACUUCGCUGUCCCAUGAAAUAGUUGUAGUGUUUUAUUUGUAUGUAUUUUUAAAAAGGAAUAUCAAAAUAUUUAUGUAUAUAGUAUGUGAGUAUGUCUGGUUUUAAUCAAUUUUGUCCACUGUUUGGUUCAAAUUAUGUGAUUUUUGUUCAUGUCGGAUGGCUAAAUGAGAAGACUUGUAUAAAAAAUAUGAUAACUGAGAGCAUUUUUUUUCAUUAUCCUUUUUUUGUAUUCUCAAUCAACUUGUAAAAUAAUAUAUUCAUUGCUUUUUUGUACGGGGGUUUGUUUUUUGUGCGGCCAAUACUGGGUGUCCAAUAUAAAAUAUUGAAUUCAUUGGUGUAUAAAGUUAUUGAGCCCUUUGUUGCUGCAAAAAAGCAGACCUCUAGUUUCUGGCACUUACUUAUUUUAAAUAGAAAUUUUCGAGAGUUUUAAAAACAAGAACCUGUAGGAAAAGUAUGUAAAAUUACAAUUUUACGAUCUUUUAUUACAUUUUGGUGUAUUGGUUUCUGUACAGUACAAAUAUAUAUUCUUUAUAUUGUAUAUAUUUGUUUUUAAAGGUCUUGGAUAUUUUUGACCAAAAUCAAAAAAGUGUCAAAUCAUAUUUUAGUAUAAUAGGUUUAAAUAUCAAAAUUUCGAUCUAUACACGUAACUAUAGUUUUUCAUGUAAAAUUUCUUAGUUUAAUAUUAGAAAUUGUUCCGAUGACUGUUAAUAUUUUGAUCCGUCAAAUACACUGCGGUAUUUUUUACAUAAACAUCCUUAGCUAUACUGUGAAUAAAAGAAAUUUUAUAUUAAGAUUUUUCCUUUUUACUAUGUGUAUAAAAAAAUAUUGUUUAUUUAGAAAAUGCUGCCCAGAGUGUAUGAGCUGAGUGGAUAGCCCAAACAUUUUAUGUUAAAAAAUUUAUUAGGAAAAUAAACUACUAUUAAUUAUAUAUAAAAGUAUAUAUUGACAAGACUUUUGUUUAAUAAAGCAACCAGUGAAGGUUUGAAGUGGACUAAAAGGUGAAAAGUGCGGUAUUUUUAUUUCGUAUUUGUAGAAUAAUUAGUGAUACUUGUGACUAAUUUCAGUGAUACAUUCUCAAACUGCUUUUAAAUGCAUACUCUUGUUUCCAUCAUUACACUAACUUUAAAUGGCAUCAAUUGUUUGUAGACACCAUCAUUAUAAUAUUCUUUUAAAUUGAUCAUCAAAUAACAAAGUUAACAAACAAUUUUUGCCUUGAACAGCAAUACAACAUUCCAUUUAGUAUCUGAUUUGAUUUGGCAGCAAACAACAAACGACAGUUACGGUGUGCUAUUUGCUCAGUAUAUUUUUAUAUAACCCAAAUUUUUAAACAUGUUAAAUAAAUGUAGAAAAUGGUUCACCAACUGAAUUUUGGCCAUUAAAAUUCUAUUCUUCUACUUGUUCUUUCACUUAAACGAUCUGUUCAGAAACAAAGGUGUGCAUUGCAAUCAUACAAACUACACAAUAGAAUCAGCAUGUGAAAUAAAAAUUGUAGGGCUAUUGGACUUCCACGAAAUUUUGAAAUAAAUAUCUUAAAAAUG